UGACGCAGAGCUGGAGUUCUCUGUCAGGCUGAUGUGUGUGCUCCACGGGCCGGAGUAGUUGACAAUUGAGGCUGAGUCCAACUGGUGCAAAGAUGUUUCAAGAACUGAAUAAUAUUCUCAAUACAACUCCCGAAACGUGCGAGCAGGGAAUAGGUGUACUCCUGUGUGACAAGCAGACCGAUGGAGGUUUCCUUGUACAUCACUUCCUUUCUUUUUAUCUCAAAGGAGGUUGCAAAGUUUGCUUUCUUGGCCUGCUGCAGUCUUUCAGUCAUUACAGUCUUGUUGCCCAAAAGCUGGGAGUUAAUCUGUCUGCAGCCAGAGAGAAGGGACAGCUGGUGUUUUUGGAAGGACUCCGCUCAUCCCUUGACCUCUUGCUUGAUGAUAAGCAGGACAGUACACUGCACAAAUCAUCCCCUCUCCAAUUUUUAAGCUCUCCCAGUGCCAGUCUUCGAUCACUCUAUGAGUUUGUUUGUACAUCAAUACAGGAGACCAGCGAAGCAGCUUGGAAAUUUCCAGUACUGAUCAUUGAUGAUUUGAGUGUCCUGCUUAGCCUUGGAGUGACCACCGAAAACAUUUUGAAUUUUGUGCAUUACUGCAGAGCCACACUUUGCUCAAAGCUUAAGGGAAACUUAGUGGCAUUGGUGCAUGACACAGAGGAUUUGGAAGAUGAAGAAAAUAAUGUUGUGGUCAAGUCACUGAGUUACCACUCUCACCUGAUACUACAGGCAGAAGGAUUAGCCACGGGGUACUGCAAGGAUAUCCAUGGUCAGCUGAAGAUUACCUGGCGCACUCUCUCACCAGUGAAGGCAGAAAAGAAUGUUACAAAAAUUUUUCAGUACAAAAUACAAGACAAAAACGUUGCCUUUUUUGCCAGAGGAACCUCAUCUGCUGUACUCUAGGAAAUUCUUCUGGUUCAUAUAGUUGAGUGUGAAUGACACUUACUCUUUUGAAAUGGACAUGGUUUUAAUUACCAUCUGGGAACUAUGCAGUCCUUUGAUUUACAUCGGUUUAAUAACUUUGUUUCAAAAGGGUGUAAAGUUGUAUUCUGGUGUGUGUGUGUGUAUAUAUAUAUUGCUCAUUUAUAAAGAUAUGAAACUAUUCACAACAAACCAACUUCCAGAUGUUCUGACAGUAUUGCCCAGUUAAAACUUUGUAACAUGAUGUUGCUUUAUUUCCAUUUGCUGCUUAUUAUAUCCAGACCACUCCACAUAGCAGCAGCGAUCAUGAGUUCAAAUUGUGAUCAAUAAGAAAGUCUUUCCCUUGGGCUUUUUGAACAUCUAUUUUUCCUCCUUAUUUUAUAAACAUUUUUUUUCUAGGUAAAUGCCUCUUUCUAAUUUAUCUGGAUUUCUGGUAUUUUAUAGAAAGGGAAUAAAUUAGGUUGCUGUAACAAUUGAAAAUUGCUGGGGAACAACUGACUCUUGCUGAUUUCUUCAGCUGACUGAACCCUGUAAUCUGGUGUAAGGAAAGACUAAAUCACCAUCAAAGAGAAUUUCUGAAGCACCAGGCAUCUGUUUUGUGUUUAAUGUGCAUUUUAAUAGCAUAUUUGAAGAAAAACUUAUGCAUGUAAACAAAAAUGGGCUUCAAGGUAAGCAAAACACAAAAUAUGGCAGACACCAAAGUCUGAUACUAAAAAAUAAUUGAAAUGCUAAAUGGAUUAGGUGGCAUGAAAAUGAGAGAAACAGUUGAGGUUUCGGGUUGAUGACCUUUCAUUGGGGUUCUGAUGUGUGUGUGGGGGGUGGGGGAACCUGUAUUUAAUCCAUCCAUUUUUAUUGAAAACAGCAAAGUCAAAACCAGAUCCAUCCCUAUAAUGAGGACUGUUAAGCAGGGUGACAUGCUGUCCCCCUUUUUUUUCAAUAUUGUAAUAGACAUUUUAUGUGUUCCCUUGACAGCGAUGGUUGUGUUUUUUUUACUGAGGACUGAAAUAUAUAUUGUACUGCCUUGGUUUUUGCUAACAACAUAGCUUAUGACCCAAGGAGUUGAAGGCCUUGGCAAGGUCUUUAAAAACUACAGCCAUUUCCUUUCUAUUCCUUUUGGCCCCUGUUAAUAUAUUGUUCAAAAUUGGAAUGAUUUGGUUAAAACUGGGAGCGGCCACCAAAGAUUCUACUCGUGGAAAGUGAAGGGUGAUUGCGUCAGCUGGUUGUUUAGCCAAGAUCUUCAUAAAUGCCCAAAAUAUUAUUAAGCCAAUAGUAAUAGCCCUUUGAUUAUUGACAUUUUUCAAUUUAAUUGGCUCGUCCGACUUUGGAUUAAGGACAGUAUGGCUGUUUUUAACAUUUGCUGGAACCUUACUGCAAUUAAUCGAAGAGGAAUAGAGCUGUUCUAAAAAUACUGAAGUCCAUCUUUUCAACCGUGGCUAAAAGCACGCCAUAUGUCACUUCUAUUAAAACCCACAUCAACACCAUAUUUAUUAGAGCCAUAAUCAGAAUUAUAAUUAUCAUCCAUGACUGUUCUAUCAGAGCCAAUAGUAUCAUCACUAACCACAACUUUAAUCUCAACAACUGCGAUGACAGCAUCCUCACCAGAACCAUUACCUACCUUAUCCUUGUCCACAUCAGCAUUCCAAAGAGCAGCUCUAUCCUCAGGCAGUGCUUGUCUGAGACCUGCUUAUUUGUUUUUGUACCAUGCUCACCAGCAACCACAAUGUUGCUAUUCUUCUUGCCCUGGAACCUGAAAUCUAAUUGGAAGAGCACAUCCACCUCCACUUCUGGCCAAAUGGACGGAAGUCUCCCUUUCCUGUCACUUGUACAUGAAUCAAUAUAAGCAAAGACUACUCUUUUUAAAUUCCUCAAAACAGUUAGGCACGUGUUGGCCCAAUCCAAUCUUGGAGGGAAACUCGACACUAUUGGGAGCAAUGGAAGAUAGAAAUUAUGGAUAACUUGUUGUAAGGCAUUUGAGUGUUUCCAUGUAGAAAUGUAUAAUGAUGUAGCAAAACUUGUGAUACUUGAUGGGCUUUUACUUUUCUCAUGGAUUGGGCUAAGUGUGAGAGAUGUAGCAAAGUUGAUAUGAUUUCCUGAAGUCUUGACUGAAAUUCAUUGUUCCUUGGAAAACUGUGCACCAGUAGUUUGCUGUAAUAGGAUGUUCUAGAGCCAACAAGGGAGUAAAAAAAUUGUUAUAUUUAAUAAUACAAUUAGCCAAAUUUAGUUACUAGCCUAACUGGGGGAACAAUAAUUCAAUAGCUAUCACAAAAUAUUGUUUGGAGUUGUGUUGCAAAAAGGGAAAAUGCAAAACGGCAACUAAGCUUCUACAUUUGCGUGAUACUGACUUUAAAUGGUUUUCCAUUAAUGAUAAUACACGAGGUGUUCAGAAUUGUACGUUCAUGGUACAGAAGGAUUUUGUACCCUUAAGGGGCAAGAAUUAUGUUUGCCAAAGAAUGCAUUUGUGAAUGACUAAAAUAGUAAGGGGCAGCAGAAAACUGAAUGAUGUAGUAUACAGAACUGCAAAAACUGCCAGACAUCCUGGUGACAGGAAAAGAUGAAAAAAAAACAAAGAAUAAGAGCUUCAAAAAAGUAUGUGGUAAAAGUUGAAAUAUGAAACUCUGCACAAUUUUUACAAUGAGGGGAAAAGAGAGUGGGUGGAAGCAAUAUGAGCACUGUGCAACAAAUUUUUAUUUACAAUGUCAUUUAGGAAAUUACAAAUGUAAUAAUUAUUUUGUACUGGUACACAAGCACACAUGAAUAUAGGAGCAGGUCCCCUGGCCCUUCAAGCCUACCCCACCAUUCAAUAUGAUCAAGGCUAAUCUAUCCCAGGCCUCAGCUCCUCUGAGCCAGAUCCACUUAGCCCUCAAUCUCCUGAUCUUUCAAAAAUUUAUCUACCUCCUCUUUAAAUACUUCUAGUGAGCUAGCUUCCACAAAUCUCUGGGGUAGAGGAUUCCAGAGAUUCGCAACCCUCUGCGAGAAGAAAGAAUAACAUAUCAGGAAUUCUAAGGAAACUAAUAUUGAAACAAGGACUGGGAUUUUCCAAGAUUUUGAUACAAAGCAACUCCAAUGAAUAAAACAAAAUAAUAUAGUAACAGUUCUGAUGAAAGACCUAAGAUGUUAUUUCUAUUUCCACACUUGCUGUUGAACCUGCUGAAAAUUUUCAGCUAUUUAUUUGAUUUUCUUUAAAUCAUACCUGGUGCUCAAGGUUGUGCAAUGACCUGACUUCAAAUGAUAUAAGCUGUAGAGCACUUGAACCUUGGCCCAAUUACUGAGCACAGACCAAGAACUGAACAAGGACCCUGCAGAUUUACAUGAUAUCGAAACCAUGUUUCUGUGAGACAAGAGAAAGUAAAGGUUAAAGAUUUCAGUUUUAAUUUUUACUAGCUUCAAAUUUGUUUGCCAUAAUGCAAGUUUUUCAGUAGUCUUCCAGUUGAUAUGAACUCAUUAGGUGCAGAAUACAAAUGAAACUGAACCUAAAUUUUCCAGUUCUGAAUGGCCUCAUUUUCACUGAUAUAUUGUGGGGAAUGUUAACCUCACAAGGAGAGCAACAUCUCAAGGUUGGCUGAAUUAUAUACUUUUUUUGAAUACUGGCUUUACUUCAGGGUUUAAACCUUAGGACUAAAAUGAGGAGAAAUUUCUUCAUUCGAGGUUUUGUGAGUCUUUGGAAUUUUCUACUCAACAGAGUUGUGAAGGGUCAGUGAUUUAUUUCAUUCAAGACUAAUAGCUAUGAUCUUGUUGAAUGGGAAGCAGGUGUGAGGAGUGGAAUGGCCUACUCUUCCACCUUUUUCUUGUGUUAUUCUGUUAAAGACUGCAACUCAAGAACACUUGGUUCACUGUUUGUACUAUUGCUUAACAAGAGCAAAUGCAUUUUGAAAAUACAGUUGGUGGAAAUGAAAAUGAUUAAUACCUUCAGAAGAAUAAUAUUCAGUUGGUCGGGUAGAGAAAAAGUUUCUAUGUUUCUGCUAUCACAGAUGCUGAGUGUUUCCAGCAUUCUGUUUCUAUUUCAGAUUCAUAUCAUUGGCAGUUUUUUUGGAAGGACAUUGGAUGGGCACUUGUGAGAUUAAUUUGCAGAGUUGUGGGUUAAGAGGGCAGAGAGGUGGUGGGACUGCUCUGAUAGAAACUGGCAAAGACUUAAUAAUCUGCAUGACCUGUGCUUUAACAAUUUAUUAUUCUCUAAAUAGAAUGAUCAAUUUAUGCACAGCAAAUCUUAUGAAUAUCAAUACACCACUGAGAACUUGUUUUAGUGAGGUUGUAUGAGGCAUAAUGCCAGCUGUCAAAAAAGCAAUACCAUCAGUUCUAUUUCCCCCUCCUUAUUUCCCUAUAACCUUGUUACUUAUUCUCCUAUAAAUUCCAUGUUGAUUCUUUAUUGCCAACCAGUUACACUAAGGGUCAGAAUAGUAGGAAGUUGCCAUUUUCCCAACACAGUUCAAUGGGAACUUCUUGCUAUUUAAAAUAAAGGGUAACUUAUAGUGGCCAUUUAACAUACCAGUACGUCAUUGGGAUGUGAGAGGCAACCAGAACACCAGACAGAAACCCACACAGUCACAUAGGAUGUUAAAGUGGUGGAAGCAGUUCAGAGAAGAUUUACUAGACUAAUACCAGGAAUGGAUGUGUUGUCUUCUGAUGAAAGGUUUUGUCUGUGGAGUUCAGUAAGGUGAAAGGGACUUGAUCAAGAUGUACAAAAUCCUGUAUGGUAAUGACAAAGUGGAUGUGGAGAGGAUUUGGAAUGAGGCCCCAUUGCUUAUAUAUGUGUAAUAAAGAUUUGUCCAAUUAAGAGGGCAGCACAAUAGCACAGCACAACCUCAACCAGCUAGUGACCCAGGCUUGAUCGUGACCUCCAGUGCUGUUAGGGUGGAGUUUGCACAUUAUACUUCUGGCCAUAUAGGUUCUUCCCCCCCCC